AUGGAACCUGCCAAAUUGUUGGCUCUCCUACUUUUCUUGCUGCCGUCUAUGGUGUCAGCAUACCGUAAGCGGAUCCUUGGAGGCCAAGAAUGCAAUGAGGCUGAGCACCCUUGGCUUGUGCUACUCUAUCAGUCAAAAGAGCCGUUCUGCUCUGGAAUAUUGCUGGAUUACAACUGGGUACUCACUGCUGCUCAUUGCUACGUAAGUGGCUAAAUUGAGAUAAGGCUUGGACUGCACAACCGAAACGUGCCCAGAGGGGAUGAACAGAUGAGAGUCAGUGCGGCCACCCUGUGCUACCCUGACACUGCCAGCACCACCCAGAACAGCUGUGCGGACUUCACUGCUGACAUCAUGAUGAUCAAAUUGAACAGCCCUGUGAAGUACAGCAAGCACAUCGGACCCCUCCUCCUGCCCACUGGCUCUGUCUUCGUGGGAACAAAAUGCAGGGUCAUGGGUUGGGGCACAACCACAACUUCUAAAGUGACUUUACCCAUUGUUCCUCAUUGUGCUAACAUCAACAUACUCGAGAACCACGUUUGUGCAGCUGCUUAUCCAUUUUGGAGAAUGACUGACGACAUGUUAUGUGCAGGAGACCAGAAAGGAUGCAAAGAUUCAUGCCAGGGUGAUUCCGGUGGACCCCUAAUCUGUGGUGGACAACUCCAGGGGGUUGUAUCUAUGGGGGCCUCCCCAGGGCCUGGCAUCUAUACUAAUGUUAACAGCUAUCUCAACUGGAUCCUGGAAUUUAUUUGA